AUGAGUUCACUAGAUGACGACAAAGCACUUUCGGGAGGAAGGAUAGCCGCUAAAGAAGAAAUCAAGCUGAGUAGGUAUGAUGUGUACAGCGACAUUAGCGGCUCAAGCAAAAUGGAAAAGGACAAUUUAAAAACGCCGUCCUUGCAUACAAAUAUAUUUGCUGAAGAUUUGAAGGUCCGAAAAAAGCAUGAAAGAGAAAUUACGCUGUACGUAAAAGAGACUCACACUGAAAAAGAUUGCGGCAGUUUGAAUGCAGUUUUGACAGCAACACAAAGGCCAAAGAGUGCUUUGAACGAUCCAGGCAAUUCGUACAGUCUGUUCGGAGUCUCACUCAGUCAACCAUUAAUGUACAGCCGCAAUGCACUGGCCGUGAAAGGUACCGUGGAUAAACGAAGAUCUUCGUGCUCCGACCUUUCACCGAAGAACGUACGAAGUGGAAAGGAGUAA